AUGUCUCAACCAUACUCAGAGCCGACGUCACCAAGGCCGGCGCCGGCGCCAGCAGCCAAAAAGACGACGCCGUCCAACAUCCCAUGGCUCUACCGGCUCCCGCUGCUCUACAUCGAGCCGCUGUGCGCGCUCAACGGCGCAUACCUGCUGUACCUCAAGCCCCGCAACUUCCUCGAGGUCGUCACACCCUACCACGAGAAGCACUUCCCCACCGCCGUAUCGUCGUCGUCGGUCGUCGCCAACGCAUCCAAGAUCCUCAAGGCGGCGACGUCCUCCUCCAAGGCGGCGCCACCCGUGCCGAGCCUGUCCUCCGUCCGCGUCCUGACCGACAUGCUGGCGGGCAUGAACCUCCUCUUCGCCUUCAACCUCGCCGUCACCCUCCGCGUGGCCGGCAACGACCACCGGCUGUGGCGUUGCAUCUGCUCGGGGAUGCUCCUCUCCGACGCCAUGCACGUCUACGCGACCGUGAGGGAGUUUGGCUGGCCCGCCGUGCUCGACUACAACUCGUGGCGGACCAUCGACUGGCUCAACUUUGGCAUCAUGGGCUGCAUGACCGUCGUCCGGCUGGGCGUCGUCGCCGGCGUCGGGCUCGGCAAGAAGGGUGGCAGCAGCAAGAAGAGCACCGUCAGCAAGAGCACCACCACCACCACCGCCCGCCGCGCCCGCCGCAGCAGCACCAGCAGCACCAUCACCGCUGUCAGUGAAGCACCUAGCGAACCACCCAGCGAGAAGAACGCUGCUGCUGCUGUUGCCGGUCCUAGCAGUACCACAAAGAAGGCCAAGACUGCCAAGGCCGGAAAGAAGACCUCCAGUCGCGCAAAGAAGGCUGAGUCGGUGACUGGAAAGCAAUAG